GGUUGCAUACAACAUAGCCAUCUUGUCAAGAGUGACUGAGUGAGGGAGGCAACUGUAGGCGCUGCUCAGACCCUCGGUUGUUGUAAAGCGUUACAUUCAGGGCGCUUUCCUCCCUCGGCCGCCGAGGAAGCGUCGCCACCCAAUGACCGUGGAGCCGGUGGAGUGAGCGGGUACAAAGGGCUGCUUUCGGGAAGAUGUCUCACAUACUUGUUCCGACGUAGGGGGAGUGUGCAGCAGCCAGUUGGCUUGACUUGCUAGCUAGCUCAGUGAGUGGAGGGCUGCGGGCCCUCCUCCGCCUAAAGUAGCUCCUGCAGCUGGGCAACACACUGCGACAACGGCCGUCUGACAACUGCACAGCCGGGACAUCAGCAGGCCGGUCCGGACCGAGCGAGAGCCGCGGGUCCACCGUCGUACAGGCUGCUGGUAUCCGUGUCUAAAGCCGCAUUGCUGGACAAGACGAGGAGGAAAGUGUGGCGUUGCGUUAUGAGCUCAUGAAACGCAACAGGAGACCGAGAGAGGAAGAGGGAUGGCGUAGAUUCAUCUCCAUUACAGCUAGCAGAGCUAAGUAAAGCAGAGGAAAGUGUGCUGUUUAAUAUGAUCUGAGCGUUUCGAAGCUGCAACCAGCUCGUCCCUUUCUGACAACAGGAUCAACAUAGCCAUACGGGACCUGGAAUCAGGCUUGUCAAUAUGUCGAAAAUGCCAGCCAAGAAGAAGAGCUGUUUCCAGAUCACCAGUGUGACACAGGCCCAGGUGGCGGCUAUAGGUGCCGCCGACGACACCGAGAGUCUGGACGACCCGGACGAGUCGCGGACUGAAGAUGUGUCGUCGGAGAUAUACGACAUGUCGCGGGCUGAGUACGAGCCUGCGUGUGACAGGAGCUCAUCUGAAGAAGCCCUGAAUAAUGUCGGCGAGCCAGAGGUUGUUACGGCACCAGCACACAUACCUCAACCCGGUCAGCUGUCUGCGCUGUCAAACAAUCCCAUUGUGGAGUUCAGAAAAGUUGGAGUGUCGGGCUCAAGUCAAGGUGGUCAGCAACCAGCGGGGGUUGGCGUUACACCUGGUUUACCCCUUAUUGCCCAGCCUGGGGCAAUGCAGCAACAGCCUGCUCCAGCCGGGCCAGCCAGUGUGUCAGUAAACACAUCCCAACCUGCUGCAGUGCCCAGUCCAGCUCCAGCUCCCGCCUCCUCCACGGUGAGUUGCACUUCACGCUUCAGGGUCAUUAAACUCGAUCAUGGUACUGGAGAGCCCUUUCGGAGAGGCAGGUGGACGUGUACGGAGUUUUAUGAGAAAGACUCGGAGGCCUCUGUUGUUAGUAGGACUGUAGAUAGCAUAAAGCAUGCCAGUGCCAUACUGGACCCUGCUGCAGACAGAGACAGUGGGCUCGGGCACACGGGAGGAUCUGUGGUUGCCCCGGCAACACACUCGGGUCAGGGCCUGGGCUCUGUGGCGGAUGCUUCUCUCUCGUCGCCCCGCAUGCACGCGGUGGAGACGCUACCGCAGCAGCAACAGAUCCACCAUCAAAACUACAGCGUCCGGCAACAGGGUCUCAGUGGGUCGACCACACAGAGCGCUUUCCCCAGCAGCAAGCCCACAUCUGUCCCAGCUCAGCCAGCGGUGGGAGGGCUCCAGCCUGCUGCUCCCCAGAGCGCGCUGCCUGUUGGACAAAACGGCCUGCCACAAUCUGGUGUCCACAUACAGAAGUCCCCCAUCAUGCCUCCUUCAGCCCAGCCCAUCGCCUACCCUCCUCAGCAUCAACAGCUUCCCAUUGGCCACCACCUGAGCGGCCCGUCGGAGUACUAUCAGCAGCAACAACCCGCUUCCAUGCAGCCGGUGCUGACCGCUGGCCAGUCCCUCCCGGUGUCCAGCCUCUCUGCGGGGCCACAGCCUGUGGGACAAGGACCCGCGGCGGUCUUGCCGCCAGCCUCUGGAGGGGCUUCUGUGCCAAGCCAGGUUGGAGAUGUUGCGGGAGCGGUGGGGGGAUCUGCCCCUAUGGGACAGCCAGCCCCAGGCCUCUUGCAGCAGCAGCCUGGAUUAAUGGCAGGUAUCGGUAUCGCAGGCUCCAUACUGGCCGGUGGAUCCGCUUUGCAGCAGCAGGCUGUGAGUCAGUAUGGAGCGCCUGGACAGCUUCAACCCCACGGCCUCCACCCUACAUCUUCUGUUGUACAAAAUGUGCCUGCCAUCGCAGUGAGCUCCAGUGUGCCCACCACUGUGCCCGCUGCUGUGCCCAGUGCCUCCAGUGCAGCCAUGCCAAAUGUGACAGCCUCCAGUUUGCCUCCAAGUCAGAUCGCCCACAGCAAGACUCUAGUGGUUUUGGGGGUGCAGGGCCACCCAACAACUGGAUUUGGACACGUGGAGGGUGGUAGCGGAGGGAAAUCAGAGGGUCUCGUCAACGCACAGUCUCCUUUUGUCUCUGGGAAGGAACCGGUGAAGCCCUUCAUGCCUGAGAGCCUGCAGCUCGCCACUCCAACCGUCAACAGCCUGUUUGGAAUCCACAUACCUGUGGACGGGGAUGUGGACAGGAACCCCUCCAAGGCUUUCUACCAGGCCUUCCAGUCUGGCAGCAGAUUAAGGGACUCAAAGGCCCACAGUGAUAGGGCCUCAGGAACCAAUGUUGCUGCCAUUGAUAAUAAAAUUGAACAGGCAAUGGACCUGGUGAAAAGCCAUCUGAUGUAUGCAGUGCGCGAGGAGGUGGAGGUCUUAAAGGAACAGAUCAAAGAGCUGUAUGAGAGGAACUCUGUGCUGGAGAGGGAGAACGCCGUGUUGAAAUCUCUGGCCAACAGCGAGCAGCUGUCUCAGCUGUCCACCCAGUCGGCCACCAGCACCGGCUCCACGCCUCCCCUGCAAGGACUCAGCCAGCCUCAGCAGCAGGCCCAGCCUCCUCUUCAAGUCCAGCCUCAGCCUCAGCCGCAGCCUCAGCCGCAGUCACACCCCCAGCUCCAGCAGCACCCCAAACCCCAGCAGCUCCAGACUCAGCCUCAGCUCGAUCCUGGCCAACAACAGCAACAACUGCAACCCAACGUCACCUCCGCUUGAAGCGCAUCUGCCCUGCUUCGCAUAGGGCAGGGGGAAAAAAGAAAAAAAGAAGAGCAUCUUCCCUACAACUUAUUACAAUUAGUGUAUGUGAAAUUAAAAAGAAGAAAAAAAAAACUGUCUUCUUAGCCACCAGCUUGACCACAAAGUACAGUGCUUGUGUGUGUCCGAGUGAGUUAGCAAGCAAGUGUGACUGUGAAAUGUAAGUGUGUAUGCAUCUGUACUGUGGGCCUUUCCAGUGUUAAUGCAAUCAUCAAGAGAGAGACAGAGAGACUUGGAGAAAGUGUGUGUAGAGACAGCGUGUCAGGGAAGGUCAGGGUGUUUUUUUUUUUUUUUCUUGUUUUUUUUCCCAUCUUGGCUGCGUUCCCGGAUUGGUUGACUGCUGGGUCCAAGCUCGUGGACAGGAUGUCUUUUCUCCUUGGACCAGGCCAGAGCCAGAGCAGCCCGCCGCCUGACCUGAAACCUGCUCAAACCGUGGGUGUGGAAAGGGAGGGGUUCACCUCACAUAAGGGACAAACGGGAGUGAUUGUCAAAAAGAGAGCGAUUAUUUUUCUAAAUGAGAGAUAAUUGGGUGGGUAAAGGGGUAUUUUUAGCCUUGCUGUUUCAUGUUGUAAAGUAAGAAGUGGGAGAGAGUCUGUUUUUCCGGAGCGCCACACCGCUGCCGUUACUUUUACAUCCAGUCCAACCCUUGCAUCGGUCUUUUGAGUUCUACUGUGUUUUAUUUAUUACAGGGCUGCUAUUUUCAUAAAAGAACAAUUUCAUGAAACCUGUUUUAACCGAAGCCCAGUGACUUGUUUCCUUUUUCCUUUUUUCUUUUACAGUGUUUCAACAGAUUGGCCAAACUUCCCGGGGGCAAUGCUUUAAUUGUUAAAAAAAUAAAUAAAGAAAUUCUGACAAAUGUUUAACACUAACUCAAAUGUUACUCUGCAAUUGCCAAUUCAUAGCUUGAGUCAAGAUCCAGUAUAAAUGUACAUUUUUGUAUAGUAUAAAGUAUUAAGAGCCUUGCUGGGUGACUCUUCACCUGUUGACAUCAAAUCUUAACAUGGGCCUGCAGAAGGCAUUUGAUGAAGAUUCAAAUCUGUCGGUAGUUUUAUCUAAAAAGUGAAUUAGUGUUGCCAUACCCCCCCUCCUUCUUGGUUUUUUUCUCCCAGUGUGUUUCCUGAGGGGGCCAGGGGGGAAAGCUGUGAAAUCAUUCAACCUACUUUGUAACCAAAGAUGCAAAGCUGUGUAAAUUGAUUAUUUUUUAAAGCACACUCGUUAUUUUUUUUUUGUUUUGUUACUUCCUCCUUCACAAAAUAUUUUGUUGCUGUUCAGCAUGUUCUGCAUGAUCUGUAAUCUUCAAACCACUUUCUUACCUCAUUUUUAUUCAGCACUCUUAUUGUAAGAUAGUCUGUGAACAGUGUAAAUGGAGAAAAUGAUGCAGAGUGGGCAGAAAGAAAAAUAACCUAGUGUUAUUGACACUAGUCACAGAAAAAUGAAGUGAGCCAUGUUUUGUUCAUUUGAAUGGUGUUUGAAUUUCAUAUGCCAAUAGUUUUGUUACAUUGCAAAUUUUAAUGUAUUUAAAUAAAAGCAAUAUUCAGAUUCCAAAA